UGCCUAUUUCCUUCUCUCUUAUCAAUUAUCAAUUAUCAAUUUAUUCUCACUUAACAAGUUCCAAUGGCACAACCGAUUAAUCCAGUUCCAGCUCCUUCACCAAGCUACACCGCAAUAACAAGUCCAAUCGCAGUCAUUGGAACACAAUACUGCGUGUCGGAGUACCCUGUAGACCUCAUAAUAGAAAGAAAGGCCCGAGCUUUAACAACAGGCAAUUUCAGUGUAACCGAUCUAAAACAGAAUCUCAUGUUCAAAAUACAGGUUCAAUGGUCUCUUCACGACAAUCGAAUCCUUCGCGAUCCAAUGGGAAAACCCAUUGUCACCCUUCGACAAAAGAUUAGAACCAUCCAUGGAAGAUGGGAAGUGUUCAGAGGAGACAGUCAUCAUGAAAGAGACCUUCUUUUUACUGCUAAAACCACUUCAUGGCUUCAAUGGAAGACAAAAAUGGAUAUAUUCUUGGUAAAUAACUAUAGUGAAGAAUACCCUGAUUUUAGGUUGGAAGGAAGCUAUUCAGAGAAGUCUGGUAUUAUUUAUUAUGGAAAUGGUCAUUCCCAAGCUAUUCUUGCUCAGAUGCAUAAGAAGGAUACAGUUAAGAGUGUGUUGCUGGGGAAAGAUAACUUCAGGGUGACAGUUUAUCCUAAUGUUGAUUAUGCUUUCAUUGUAUCUCUUAUUGCCAUUCUUGAUGAUAUUGAUAUGUCCAAUUCAUUAAUUAACUAAUUAGGGUAAUUUAUUAUGUUAUUUUUAUUGUAACUUCUUCCAUUUCAUCAAUGUUGUAUUAGAGAGAAAACUAAAUUAAGUGAUUAUGUGUGUUGUGUAGUGGAUUACUAUUGAUGCAAUAAAAUUAUCUUAAUUAUGUGGCUA